UUUACAUUUCUCUGACACCUCUCUCCAAAGUCACAUGCAAAACUCGAGAGUAAACGGAAACGGUGCAUCUCGCCUACAAAGAAUACAGUAGUGUAUUGGAAAAGCAAAGCUAGAAGCAGAAGCUUGUUGUACCACUGCGAGUGUGAACCUGCUGAGGUGAAGUGAAGAGAAAUGAAGCCGUAAGAGAACCUCCGUGUGAAAACUUGCUAGAGGGAACCUUGCAGAGGGAGACUACCGGAGAGACCGCUUUAGCGAACCUCCCGAACAGAACAGAGCCGAGCCGGAGAGACGGACUGGAGGGGGCCUAGCGCAAGGAAUUCGCCGCAUACACAUUUGCAGACCCAACGUAACACAAAGAACCUUCCAGACCGAACCCACCAGACGGAACCUGCCAAAGAGACCCAGCGAGAGAGAGAGACGGGGAGAGAGAGAGAGAGAGAGGAGGGGAGGAGAGGGGCAGACCGCGGGAGCGCGCGCCACGGAAGGCACCGUGUCUGCGCUGCGACGGAAUAAAAACUGCGCAAUUUCAAAUCAGCGCAGCUUCUUUCAUCGCGCUCUUCUCUGCGAGGGAAGCGGCGCUUUCUGCGGUCCGCGAGCACGCUACAGGGCGGAUACGCGGGCCGGACGUGUUCGCCUGUUUCGCGGUACACGCCAACUGGCCAUUUUAUACACUGAUGUGGCGCUUCUGCACACACAGCUGCGGGCAGCGCGGCAAUAAAUGAAUCGACACGCGAAAAUGGACACCGUUCCGUGCGGCUCUAAGUGGGUGUUUAUCGACCGCUGAGUGGCGCGCAUCCACUGUGCGCGCGCUUUCGUAACAUACAUGUCUACGCGCGGAGUGUACGUGUCCACGAAGACAUGCAACAUCGCGGCGCACGCUUGGGAUGCGCCGUGUCCGGAGCCUUCCUCUGGUCUGGACGCGUCUCAAAGUGCGUGGCGCACAGCUGUCAAGUCAGAGGAGGACGGAAAGACACGGAGUUAUUUUUUAAUAAUAAUGUCCUCCUCGCGAUGUUGAACAUGGAGGGCAGCUGCGGGAGCUGAGCACCAGGCGGCAACAACCAGAGACAGGCCACAGCGAGUGCAGAAUGGGAGGAUGCACGUGUGUCCUGAGAAGGACAUGGGUGUGUGCCGCUUGGGGCCGGUGGAAGAAUACACCAGUGUGGAAGAGGUGUGUUGCAAAGCACAGGACUGAAAUGGAGAAAGGAGUUGGAGUGUGGAGUUGUGAGGAGCACAUUGUUACUGAGGUGGGCGCUCACUGCUGUUCCUGCCACAUGUCAGAUGGGCUGGCCUUCGGACGCAGUUGCACUGACGCAAAGAAGCAUGAAAACAAGGGGGACACCAGCAGUGAGAGGCAGGAACUGAGAGGACUUGCGCAGACGAGAAAGACGCACCGGGACCGACGGGCGGGCGGACAACACACGGUCUACCCCAAGUGUUGGUGUGUGGCCUCCUCUGUGCUGCAGUGGAGGGCUUCACAGACACAGCUAGUGCGGCUGGAUGCAUCACACAGCGGAGCAGUUUGGUGGCCGUAGCUCACGGGACUCCUUCCCCCUGUCCGGACUGAAUCACGGACCAUGGGCACCCGUGGCCGAUCGCCCCUGGGCCCCACCCUCCAGGGGCCCUUCCAUUGUCACUCAACCCCAUCUUCUGCUCCACUUGCCACCAGGUCACAUGCCUGGGCCAAACCAUCCCAGUAAAUCAUUUAACAGUGGGCGUGUUGGAGACAAGCUGGAACCACCCCCUCGCGGAGCAUGGGAACCCCCCGGACUUCUUGGUGAAGACCCUGGCUAUCAGAACAUUGCCCGUCCGCACCAUGGCUAUGGCGUCGCGGCACGUCCUGGCCAGCUGCCGAGGUAUGGGAGCGCUCAUCAGCAGCUAGGAGCCAGGAACCACGCCCCACCGAGUGACAUGUGGACCCCCCUGGGACAGUCCCGGCCAUUGCAAGGAAAAAUGCUUGGAGGUCAUCUGAAACGGCCCGCACCCCCCCUCAUGGACCACUCGGUCAUUCAGCAUGCCCCCCCACCUCCACCACCACCCCUGCCCCACAGAGAAGAAGGCCCAAGCCCCAGCAAGAGGAAGAGAAGCAGCAGUUCUGACCAGGGCCCUCACACUGGAUUCCAACGAGUGGCCCUGCUGCCCUCACCUCCGCCCCACUAUCCCCCUCCAAAACCAAGCUUCUGGAGCCCAUUGCAUAAGGGGGGUACACCCUGGGCCCCACCUGACAGGAAGAGCAGUCUAGCAGACUUCCAGGAAUCAUCCAAGUCACCGAUGGGCAGCUUUUCCUACAAACUCUCUCUCAGCAACCCCUUGCCCAUCUCCCCACUUACCCCUGCUGGAUAUAGCCAGGGCCGUGGGGUUCCCCCGCAUUCCCUGAGUCACAACAUCCAUGCCCAUCCGCCCCCUGCCCCUAAUUCCCAGCCAGCGAUGCCCCCCCUGCAUCUUGGCCCCAGUGGGCCUCACCGUGAGCUUUACGGGGGCAGUGACAGCUCACCAUCCCGGGACGGAGAAAGGUCAGACCUUCCCUCAGAAAACCUCACCAGCGUGCCUUAUAGCCACCUGGCCCAUCAGCCCCGACCUGCAGGCAGUAUCUCAGCUCUUCAUCGUUGCCCCCCAGAGGCAUGGAGGCCACAAGGGCAAAAUCUUCUCCAAACUCCGCAGUCAGGUAAUUAUGGCAUGACACUGGAAACUCAGGGUCAGCAGCACCAGAAUCAGGCCGAAGAAGCUCGGGAUCCUGGGCCCAGACACAGCAUUACCCCAACUUGUUCCCCUGUUAUCACCUCCAACCCUCCAAUCUUCAAGCCUCCAGGUCAAACUAGCCUCUACAACAGCAGCACAAGUACGAUCCAUGCAACAGCGCCCCCUUCUCUGUCCACUAUGCCUAGGACACCCAGUACUUGGGCUGGCAAGGAACCCAUGUCGCUGACCCCUGCGGCUUUGCUCCAGCCAGAGCUGAAGGAGGCCCAUGGUGACACAGCCCGCCGCUCCCACAGAGCCCCCCAGGUGCAGCAGCACCUUCCCAUGGCAGUUAAGCCCUCCUUCAGUUUUUCUGGUCAUCGUCCAGCUCCCUCUUCCUCCACUUCUCCCAGCGGACUCCUGAGAAGCAAGGAGACUGUGAGCAGCAGUCGAGUCCCCGUUGCUUCUGUGGUUGCAACAGGCCCAGUUCUAUGCCCACCACAGUCCUGCUCGUCUGGCCCUGCCGUCACACCUCCCCAGGCCCCCCGCAACAUCAAUGAGGCACUGGACAAGUUGGACGCAGAGCUGCAAGAUGUGGAGAAACGGAGAGAAUGGGAGGGGAUGAGGAAGAGGAAUGAAGAAGAGCAAGAGAGGCUGAAGAGAGAACAGGAGGUUAGCAGUAAGGCUCGGCAGGACAGCGCCAUCGACAGCCUCGGAAAGCUUCUCUCAGGCAGCCCAGUGGCACCUGCGUGUGUCUCCUCCACAACCACUCCAUCGCCUGCUGCUGCAAAGCCUUCGCUUCACCCCUGGUUGGGUCGGAGCGGAGCUUCCCCUCGGCCCCAGGGCCAGGCACGGCUGCUGCUCCCCAUCCCAUCCGAGCGAUCCCGACCACCCCCCCUCACCCCACAAACAGACUUUGCCCGUGAGAAGCAGAAGCAGAGGCAGCGGGAGGAGUGGGCUAGUGGGAAGUCAGGCUCAAAGAGCCCCAAUUUGAAGGGCACCUCAGGGAUUGCCCAUCCACCUCAUGUGGACACUGCUCCGCCCCCUACUCCCAGCAGCACUGCCAGCCUUCUGGCUCCACUUGCUCCCAGCCUAUCCAAAGACUGCCUCAGGGACAGAGUGAGUAGAGAUGCUCUAACUUCAGUCUCUGCCUCGUCUCACCGGGAGCCACCUAAACUCUUACAGGCCUUAACCAAGGAGACUCUCCCUCCAUGCAGCACCGGGGGCCUUGCCAGCAACAGCGACUCUGAUGGCGUCCCUUUCGAGGAGGAGUCCUCGGAGCUCUCCACCAUCCUUCCUGAUGGCUUAGCCAAUAUCAUGAAGAUGCUGGACGAGUCCAUCAAAAAAGAGGAGGAGCAGUUUUCUGCAUCCACUGCACAUACCUUUUCUCCUCCGUCUCCCCUGCAGAGCUACCUGUGUGCCCCCCAGCUGCUCCCUGCCACUAAGCCCAGCCUAGUGGAAGACUUUGGGGUGGAAGCCCACACCAGCCCCCCAGUGCUGAGCAGACAGGGUUCACUGGCUUCGCCAUGCAGCCGAGCCUCUUCGCUGUGUGAGGGUGAAGAGGAGGAGUCUCGGCCGCCUGCUGCGCCCCUUCGUCCGAUGGAUGCGGGACCUGGUGUAGGAACCAGUUACCGUCACAGUGAUCUGGCCAAGCUGUACGGCCUCCCUGAACCAGCCAAGACGGAUGGGGAAAAUGAGGAAGAGGAGGAGGAGGAAGAUGAAGAUGAACGCUCCUGUUCCCCACCACCCCAACGACCUCACCUACACCAGACAGGAGUGAGCAGUACAUUCAAAUCCUUGGCUUCAAUUAUGGGGAGUCAGAAAUACGCUUACCGCGGUGGUCCUUUUGGCAGGCCUCCUCCCAAUGCCCUGGGGGGGGUGAAGUACUCCUCCUCCCUCUCCCUUGGUCCAGACAUCUGCAGACAGCAGCAGGACACCACCCCCGCCUCUGUCCCUGCCCAGGGCCUUGAUGGCUCCACUCAGCUCCCUGACCAGGCCCUCCCUCGAUCUGCUCCAGCUAGGCAGGAUGAGGGGUUGACAGAGACCACAAUAAAGCGUGAGCAAGAUGCCUCGGACCCUUGGCAGCAGGACAGGGACAGACGGAAAGGAACCGUGGAUGUUUCCGGAGGAGAAGUGGGCACCGUCUCAAACUCUACGAAGGCCACUCUGGAGUCGGGGUCGCUGCGGCCAGAGCUGAAACUCACCAUUAUCUCCGAGUCCUCAGUGGCUGAACUGGGCCGCAACUGUGAGGUUCUGCUGACGCGGCACACCAUCCCUUGCCAGCUCCAGGCAGAGAAAGAGAGGAGGAAGACUAAGAAGGAGAGAGAGCGGGACAAGGAAAGGGAGAAGCGGAAGCACCGUGAUGGAAGCAAGAAACACCAGCAGAGGAAAGACAGGAAGAAGAAGCACAAAGAGAAGAGAGAGACAACAACGUCGUCUCCUUCGGCUUCAUCUUCCUCUCACUCCAGUUCCAGGCGCCGGCAUAAGGAAGGGAAGUCCCACAGGGAUAAGAAGGGCCGACAGGUCUUGGGGAAUUUGGACCUUCAGAGUAAAGAAAUCCGGGACAAAAUCCGGCCGGGAGAGGUGGAGGAGAGGAGGAAGAGGAAGGAGGAAGGGGGCUGUUCGUCUGGUGAAGGGGAAUCGGGCGCUUGGACGUCAUCCUCUGGCAACAGCGUGGCUGCAAGCGCAUCGAGCACUAGCACCCCUGUGGCCAUGGGCUCGGACGACUUCCUGAAGCUGAAAGCGCUGUCGGACGGCCCCCCAAAGGAGCUGAAGAUACGGCUGAUCAAGGUGGAGAGUGGAGACAGGGAGACUUUCAUCGCUUCCGAGGUGGAGGAGAAGAGGAUCCCCCUGUCGGAGAUUACGAUUAAGAACACGGCAGCCGAAGUGGUGCGAGCCUGCAAGGGAGCGAAAGUGAAGGGCAAGUUCCGCGAGUCCUACCUGCUCCCUGCCUUCUCCGUCAAGCCUGUGUUCCCUAUGGACAAGCCCAUCCCACGCGAAAAACUGAACCCCCCCACCCCCAGCAUCUAUCUGGAGAGCAAGAGGGAUGCCUUCUCCCCUGUGCUGCUGCAGUUCUGUACCGAUCCCAAGAACCCCAUCACAGUCAUCCGGGGCCUGGCUGGAUCCCUGCGCCUCAAUCUUGGCCUCUUCUCCACUAAGUCCUUGGUGGAGGCCAAUGGGGACCAUGCUGUGGAGGUGCGCACUCAGGUACAGCAGCCAGCAGAUGAGAACUGGGACCCCAGCGGCUCCUCCCAGACCUGGCCCUGUGAGAGUAGCCGCUCACAUACUACCAUUGCCAAGUAUGCCCAGUACCAGGCAUCCUCCUUCCAGGAGAGCCUGCAGGAAGAAAAGGGUAGCGAUGAAGAAGAUGAUGAUGAAGAAGAGAAAAAACACACUGGCCAGGAGCCCUUGACCACUGCUACUAGCACAGAACAGAAGCCUGUGGGGAAAAUCAUCAAAUUCGGCACCAACAUUGACCUUUCAGACCCCAAGAGGUGGAAGCCCCAGCUGCAGGAGCUAAUGAAACUGCCAGCAUUCAUGCGCGUUUCCUCCAGCGGGAACAUGCUGAGCCAAGUGGGCCACACCAUACUGGGCAUGAACACCGUGCAGCUCUACAUGAAGGUCCCGGGCAGCCGUACGCCUGGCCACCAAGAGAACAACAACUUCUGCUCGGUGAACAUCAACAUCGGCCCGGGCGACUGCGAGUGGUUUGCAGUGCACGACAAUUACUGGCAGGCCAUCAGUGACUUUUGUGAGAGUCAUGGCGUAGACUAUCUGACGGGCUCGUGGUGGCCAGUUCUGGAGGACCUGUAUCGAGCCAACAUCCCCGUGUACCGCUUCAUCCAGCGGCCGGGAGACCUGGUAUGGAUCAAUGCAGGAACGGUGCACUGGGUCCAGGCCGUGGGCUGGUGCAACAACAUAGCAUGGAAUGUUGGCCCGCUCAACCCUUAUCAGUACCAGUUGGCCAUGGAGCGCUUCGAAUGGAACGAGGUCAAGAAGGUUAAAUCCAUUGUGCCCAUGAUCCAUGUGUCAUGGAACAUGGCUCGCACCGUCAAGAUCACGGACCCAGACACAUAUAAAAUGAUCAAACACUGUCUCCUGCAGUCCAUCAAGCAUAUCCAGAUUCUGAGGGACCAGCUGGUUGUGGCCGGCAAGAAGAUCUCCUACCAGAGCCGAGUGAAGGAUGAGCCUGCCUACUACUGUAACGAGUGUGACGUCGAGGUGUUCAACUUGCUCUUUGUUACAAGUGAGAAUGGCAGCAAGAAGAUGUAUGUGGUGCAUUGUGAGGACUGUGCACGUCAGCGCAGCCAGAACCUCUCUGGGGUGGUGGUGCUGGAGCAGUACCGCAUGGAGGAGCUCAUGAGCAUCUACGACAACUUCACUCUGGCACCAUCACCCAGCUCACGAUGAUGAGUUCUCAUGUCUAACAGCCAUAACCAAAACUCCUGGUUGCCAGGACAACUUUGUGUUUGUUUUUUUUUUUUUUUUUUUUAAAAAUCCAACUUUUUUACAAUUACUACUGCUAAAAACUUGCUGAACAGCCAACUGAAAUCCAGUUUACUCUGUUGUUUACAGUUCCACAUUAGCCAAUAUAUCUCCAGUUUACUGUUUGCCCAAUGUACCUGCUGCCAGUUGGCUUUUAGUGGGACUCACCAUGGUGCUGUUAUGGUAAAGAUGGGGAAUCACAUGACUAAGGGAGUUUCUCAAUGGCAUGUUCUUAGUGUUUAAUUUUUUGUUAAUUACUGAAAUCUGUAAAGAAUAUUUGUUGUGGGGUGCUCUUUUUAUUUAUUCUAAUUUUUUAAAACUAGAUCAGCCUAGCUCUAUACCACAUUGGCCUUGUAUUUAGAUAAAAGAAUUAAAAUACUAAUUAUAGAGUAUGAACAUUUUUCUAAAGCAUUAAGCAAAACUGUUUGGAAUGCUUCAAAACAUACGGGUUUUAAGAAGACUUUUUUUGUUGUCUUUUGAGAAUCUUGUGUGUUAAAUCCUGAAUUUUCAGAAUAAUUUAAUGUUGGAGGAGCAAGAAUCCAUACAUCUUUUUAGGAUCAUGUUUCCCACUUCACAUUAUAUAUAGUAUCAGUUUUAUUGAACUAGUUCAUUGCACCUCCAUUGUCGUUUCAUUCAUGGAUGUACUCCUCUAGAUUAAGAUUUUAAAUUGUAAAUCUUUUAUUUAUAUAUUUUGACUUUUUUUUUUCCUAUUUAUUGAUAAUGUUCUCCCCCUUUUUAUUAGGGAUGUCUAAUUUUAAAGGUUUUCUAUUAUUCCACUGUAAUAAGUGGGAGUGUGGUUUGGGAGUGGAUUGUUUUCAUGGUGCUCACCUCCCCUCACCAUCUCCCUCUCACUAUAUAUAAAUGAUAUAUCUAUAAAUAUUACUUCAGCUUUUUCCUAGAUUGUAGGGCACAGGGCUGCAGUAGACAACUAAUGUCUUGGACGCAGAAAGCUUUUUUUUUUUUUCCCCAACAUGAGUUAUUGUUUUAGGAACUUUAGUUGAAAUAAGUGAUAUUAAGUUUCAAACUUAAAAUGAUAGAAGGUGCUAAGGUUUCUCAAACUUUGUUUGAUAAAAUCUAUUUUCCUGUUGCAAUAUGCAUUUUCCCUUUGUUACCUAUUUGAACUGCACUGUUUAGAGAAUUCAAACAAAAACAAACUGAGCCAGCCACAGCUAACACUUUGUGAAUUUGUGUGACUUAAUAAAUUCUUUUGAUAAA